GCCCGGGUGUGUGCCAGACUCAUCCACACACUCGCCGCCAGGCUGAGGCUGCUCUGGGCCAGGGUCACGCCGAGCGGGGCUCUUCUGAGAGUCCCAGGGGAGCGGCAGGGUGAAUUCCCGACCCUGCCCCCUAGAGUUCAGGCCGGACAUGAGCAGCGCGGGGUGCCCAGCCCGGCGGGAGGCGCCGAGCCCAGGACAGGGAGCGGCGACAGGCGGCUGGCGCGGCGCUAGUCUCCCCCCGCCUGGGCGGGACAGCAACAGAACAGCGGCAGGAGAAGAAGAUGGCGGCGGCGGCGGGAGCAGCCGCCUCGGAGCAGCAAAGUUCUAAUGGCCCUGUGAAGAAGUCUAUGCGUGAGAAGGCUGUGGAGCGGAGAAACAUUAAUAAAGAACACAACAGUAACUUUAAGGCUGGAUAUAUCCCAAUUGAUGAAGACCGUCUCCAUAAAACAGGCUUACGGGGCAGGAAAGGCAACUUGGCUAUUUGUGUGAUUGUUCUCCUUUUUAUUUUGGCUGUCAUCAAUUUGAUUAUCACACUUGUCAUCUGGGCUGUGAUUCGUAUUGGGCCCAAUGGUUGUGACAGCAUGGAGUUUCAUGAGAGUGGCUUACUGCGAUUUAAACAAGUAUCCGACAUGGGAGUUAUACAUCCAUUAUAUAAAAGUACAGUAGGAGGCAGGCGUAAUGAAGAUUUGGUUAUCACUGGAAAUAACCAGCCUAUUGUAUUUCAGCAAGGAACAACAAAACUUAGUGUGGAAAAGGACAAAACCUCCAUUACCAGUGAUAUUGGUAUGGAAUUUAUUGACCCAAGGACACACAAUACUUUGUUCAGCACAGACUAUGAGACUCAUGAGUUUCAUUUGCCAAAUGGAGUGAAAAUUUUGAAUGUACAGAAGGCAUCUACGGAGAGGAUUACCAGCAAUGCUACCAGUGACCUAAAUAUAAAGGUUGACGGACGUGCCAUUGUUCGUGGAAAUGAAGGUGUUUUCAUCAUGGGCAAAACCAUUGAGUUUCGUAUGCAUGGUGAUAUGGAACUAAAGGCAGAAAACAGCAUUAUCUUAAAUGGAACUGUGAUGGUCAGCACAUCUCGGCUUCCAAGUUCUUAUGGGGAAAAGUUUAAUAAUGUUGCCUGGCUGCGCUACAAGCUCUGUAUGUGUGCAGACGGAACUCUAUUCCGAGUUGAAGUGAAGACCCGCAACAUGGGUUGUCAAACCUCAGUCAACCCUUGUGGAACCAUACACUAAACGCAAAGUACUGGGACAAGAGCAGUCAUGAAGAGAGUUCAUUUACGUUUUUACAUUUGUGUGUAUAAAACAAUUGCAUGCCAAUUAUUUCUGUUUACACAACAGUUUAUUAUAAUAUUUAUUACUAACAUUUUUAGCACAGCAGUAUUAUGUCUGUUGCAUAAUUUCAGUAUUUACAAUAGAGUAUUUACCAUAAUAAUGGGUCUGAUUUAGCAAGAUACUUAAGCACAUGCUUCAACAUACACACUUGAUCAAGUACCUUGCUGAAUUGAGGCCAGUAAGAGAGAUUUACUGGGGGACUGAUCCUACAAGAUGCUGAGCACCUCCUGCAAAGAGUCCUCAACUCCUUGCCUCUGAAGUGCUGUUUUACUUCCUCUCACCUCAGAACUCUGAGAAGUUGCUGGAAUCUGCAUGGAGUGAGGUGUAGAGUUGGGAGGAUGCACAUUGUUCCACCUUGGGCUCUGCAGAGAUUCCUUGGAUAAAGCAAUACAGUUUGCAGCUCUGUUACUUGUUCCACAGAGCCUCUUUUUGGUUGCGCAGAUCAUUCUGUAAGAAGCAGACUUUGCAGUAACUGUGGUAAGAGGGAGGCGCUGGCAGCAUAGGCUUCAUUGGAGCCAUGCUUUGUGGCAGUAACAGGAAACCAACCACAAAGGAACAAUUGGGAUGGAUCUUUCCAGUUCGUUAGAGAUAAACCCUACAGGAAGGGGCCAAAAGGCAAUCUAGCUUCUUUUAUAUAUAUGUGUUAUAUGCUGAUUUUCAGCCCACCCUCAACCAGACCUUCAUUUUUGCACCAGUAAUUACUUAGAGUGCAAUAAAGGUCCGUCAUCUAAGUAACUGCUUUGUAGAGACAAUCUGUACCUGACAUCCAAGUAACCUUUUCUCCAUCUCCAAAUAGCCAUACUCACUAUUUGGAUGCAAAAACAGAGGCUAGCUUUCAAAACUAUAGCCCUGUAAAUGCAGUGAAAUCUUUAUUCAAAUUGCUUCAGUUUUUAUUUGCAGUUGAUAAAUAUUGACUGUUGGAAUAUUAAUAUGAACUCUUGACAAUUUUCUUUUGAUUAUUUUCAAUUAAUUAGAGAAAAGCAUAUGUUGACUUAUUUGAUCCUUAAGAAGACAUUAAGAAAAAUCUGUGCCCAACAUUUUAGGUGGAACUGGGACAGUCAACUAUUGUAUUGUAUCUGCUUUGAUAUUUAGAAGCUUGUCUUCUACUUUGAAAACCCAUUUUUUAUUUUUAUUUACACAGUUUUUUCUUGGGUACCUUAAUAAAAAAUAUUCUAUGGUAUUCUACAGGUGAGGAUUCAAAACACUGUAAUAACACUAUUGUAGGCCAUAGUGAUUGAGACCAUUACUUUUCUAAAUAAAAAAAAAAGUGUAGCUAUUUAUAAUGACUAGAAAUAUAAUAAAUUUGUUACUAAGUAAACUGGUAUUUAAAUUCGAAAUUGAGCAGAUGUUCUGUAGUUAUAAAUGUGACAGUAAUCUAGGUCCCAAUUCUGCAUUGUAUGGAAGCAUCUGCCUAAAUUUUACAUUAUGAGAAUACAUGCUUAAAAGUUAAUGCAAGUUCUUACGUAUUGUGAUGAAUUGGGGUCUUAAUGAAACCUUUGCACUUUGAGAAUGAUGGCAGCUUUUAUUAAAACCCUCUUAACUGUUUUUGGAGAGAGAAUCAUGUAUUCCAGUGUAAAAAAUAAACUUGCUAAUUAUAAGGCUUUUAUACUUGUUACCUUAGAGACUAACAAAUUUAUUUGGACAUAAGCUUUUGUGGGAUAUAACCCACUUCAUCAGAUGCGUUGAGUGGAAAAUACAGUAAGCAGAUAUAAAUAUACACCACAUGAAAAGAUGGGAGUUGCCUUACCAAGUGGGGGAUCAGUGCUAAUGAGGCCAAUUCAAUUAGGGUAGAAGUGGCCCAUUCCCAACAGUUGACAAGAAGGGGUGAAUAUCAACAAAGGGAAACCUCUCCAGUGCAUCAUCAAGGAUCUACAACCUAUCCUGAAGGAGGAUCCCUCACUCUCACAGACCUUGGGAGACAGGCCAGUCCUCGCUUACAGACAGCACCCCCAACCUGAAACAAAUACUCACCAGCAACUAUACAGCACACAACAAAAACACUAACCCAGGAACCUAGCCCUACAACAAACCCUGUUGCCAAAUCUGUCUGCAUAUCUAUUCAAGGGACACCAUCAUAGGACCUAAAAACAUCAGCCACACCAUCAAGGGCUCAUUCACCUGCACAUCUGCCAAUGUGAUAUAUGCCAUCAUGUGCCAGCAAUGCUCCACUGCCAUGUACUUUAGACAAACCGGACAGUCUCUAUGCAAAAUAAUAAAUGGACACAAAUCAGAAGUCAAGAAUUGUAACAUUCAAAAACCAGUAGGGGAGCACUUCAGGCUCUCUGGACACUCAAUAACAGACUUAAAAGUGGCCAUUCUUCAAGAAAAAAACUUCAAAAACAGACUUUAACGAGAAACUGCGGAACUGGAAUUAAUUUGCAAACUUGACACCCUCAAAUUAAAGACUGGGAGUGGCUGGGUCACUACAAAAAAUAAUUUUCCCUCUGUUGAUACUCACACCUUGUCAACUGUUGGGAAUGGGCCACUUCCACCCUAAUUGAGUUGACCUCGUUAGCACUGACCCCCAACUUGGUAAGGCAACUCCCAUCUUUUCAUGUACUGUGUAUAUGUAUCUUCCUGCUGUAUUUUUCCACUCCAUGCAUCUGAUGAAGUGGGUUAUAUCCCAUGAAAGCUUAUGCCCAGAUUAAUUUGUUAGUCUCUAAGGUGCCACAACGGCUCCUUGUUGUUUUUACUGAUACAGACUAACACGGCUUCCCCUCUGAUACUCGUUACCAUUAGUUAGAAAUAGUGUUGCUUUCUGUUAGCCACUAGUGAUCUUAAUAAUGGAGGCCAUGUAAGUGAUUUCCUGUGAAUGGUUAUUAACAGGCUGUACUAGUACUAGAAAUUUCUAGUACUAAUAGGUAUACAAAUGUUACAUAUUAACUUCCCCACUGAAUGUGGUACUUAUGAAAAGAUAAGUAAGGUCUAAUCUAAUUUUAUUGGCUGACACUACACGAAGGUGUGGUAGGCAUGUCACAAAAGACAGUCCCAGUCCUACGCUGGGCCCUGGUGAUGUCAGUGGGUCUCUGCACAAAUGCGGGAGUGUACACAUAUGGAGCUAAUUGCAGGAUUGGGACCUUAGUUUAGACAUGAUGCAACAACUGAGUAUGUCAAACAGGAGAGAGGAGGUGGUAUUAGGUUGAAUGAUGGCAACAACAAAAUGAUUUUUACUCCAGUGGUUUACUUUUAAAAAAACAACAGUGAAAGUAAUUGUCUCGCUCACUUUAGACACGGAAUAAAUGUUGAUAACAUUUUGCACAGACACAGCAUAUUUCAUUCAUGGAGCUUAAAUUGCUUUACAGAAGUGGAUAUUUGUUAUCCCUAUUAAUAUUCUUUAAAAUAUAAAUUUACCUGAAACAUACAAAUUCCUUAGCUAUUUUAAGUAUUGGUAUAUAGAACUUGUGUGUUAUAGCUCAACAUGGCAAAGAAACAAAAUGAAAAGCUUUUAGUAUUUUCACCCCAUAUUACUAAUGGCAGACUGAUACUUUAUGGGCUUCAAUUUAUAGAAGUUUCAUUUUAAAAAGUUUUCAGCAGCACUUUCUGUCAAAGGUAUAUAUAAAAUCUGUAUGGACACAUUGUGGUCAUUAUAUGGUUAAUAUUGAUAACUUUGGCUAAUUAUGUGCAUGACCACAUGACUGCAUACAGUACCUGGAUUUAGAGUUCUUCUCACUGAGGUACUAAAUGCAAACCUGUUUGAAAGAACUUAUCUCAAAAACCUGUAAUAGUGUUAAAUUAUGUCUUUGGAUUUGUUUAAAAUGUUCAUUUGCAAUUUAAAGUUAGCAAAAAUAAUCUUCAUUCCUUUAAGGACUGAUAUGUAUGGUGCUUGCUAAUUAUUUGUAAAUUUUCUUACUAUAUUUGGUUGCCUUCCAUAAACUUUACACAGAUUGAAAAAAAUAUGGAUGCGAUAUACACCCUGUGUUGUGCAUUUAAUUGUGAUUUAACUUCUAACUGCAUCCCUUUAUAUUUUCUGGAUGUUUUUGUUUAAGUCGAAGAUUUCUUGUGUGCUCCUGAUUUAUUUAACAACUAGAUACAUUUGAGAUUCUAGGAAUAUUGAAGUACAGACUACAUGCCUCUGUGUAAAAUAGUGUUAUGUACUUCCAAAACCUCUUGUUCUUGAAGAAAGUUAUUCUCAGCAUUUGUAAUUAUUGUUGUUUCAAUAUGUAAAACAGAAUGUUGAGUUUUUAAUCCAUAUGUUUUUGAAGUGAAACAAAUAAAUUCUAAAAAUCUA